AUGGUGCGACUAUUGGAAUGGGAUAAUAUGAGAUUGAAAGUUGAUGGUCGACAGUUGCACCAUCUUCGUUCCGCUGAUGACGUCGCUCCGAUAACAUCAGGCACCUCGUGUGGAAAGAAUGACAAGAUGAUGAUAAUGAGGAACGGAUUGGUUUCUGAUGCUCCAUUCACGUUCAACGAAACGAAUGUAUCCGAGUGCUCCAACUAUGUAUAUCUAUGUUUCGUGCCCACCUAUUCAGCACCUAUUCCUGCUCUGGCUUACACUUCGGAAGUCUGUUCGUUUCGCAAGCAGGAGGAAAAUGCUAUCAACAUCAUAGAACGCUCAGUUGAAAGGGUGAUGCUAGGAGUAACGCCUAAGUACCGCUUAACACGGGUGGAAGAAGGAAUUCGAGGUUCUAUCCUAUGCCAUCGAUCGAAGAUGCCGUAUUUGCCAAGAAAAGUAAAAUUAGAUGUUCCGGACACUGAUGUGUUUUAG